UGGAGUGAGUGGGGCUGCAGGGCCUGGAAGGAAGGCGUCCCGCGGGGUGGAGCCUCUUAGGGCCGGGCUCUGGAGUUCAGCUGCUGCUGGCGGCGGGAGGCGGCAGCUGCCUCGGCCAGGAUGGUGUCGUGGAUAAUCUCCCGAGCGGUUGUGCUGGUGUUUGGGAUGUUGUACCCUGCUUAUUAUUCUUACAAAGCUGUGAAGACAAAAAAUGUGAAGGAAUAUGUUCGAUGGAUGAUGUACUGGAUUGUGUUUGCUCUUUAUACAGUUACUGAAACAGUAGCAGACCUAAUGAUCUCUUGGCUUCCAUUGUAUUAUGAGUUGAAGAUCGCUUUUGUUAUUUGGCUGCUCUCUCCAUAUACUAGAGGGGCAAGUUUAAUGUAUAGGAAGUUUCUCCAUCCUCUUCUUUCUUCAAAGGAACGGGAGAUCGAUGGGUAUAUUGUACAAGCCAAAGAACGAGGUUAUGAAACUAUGGUGAAUUUUGGGAGACAGGGUUUAAAUUUGGCAGCUACUGCUGCAGUGACUGCUGCUGUGAAGGGUCAAGGUGCAAUAACUGAACGGUUGAGAAGUUUCAGUAUGCAUGACUUAACAGCUAUUCAAGGAGAUGAGCCAGUGGGACAAAGAUCCUAUCAGACUUUACCUGAAAUCAAAAAGAAAACGAAAAGUUCUGUCAAUGAGUCUCUGGGUUACAGAAUUCCAUUGAAAAAAGAUUCUGGAGAUGAUAAAACAGAUGAGGAAAUGGAGGGGACUCAUUCAGAAGAUGAGUUGUUUGCUCAGAAGGGUCUCCGACGAUCACAAAGCAUGAAAUCUGUGAAAAGUAUUAAAGGUCAUAAAGAGAUACGGUACGGCUCAUUAAAAUAUAAAGUAAAGAAGAGGCCUACGGUGUAUUUUUAAGUGUACUACACUUUAAAGACAAACUGCUGUACUACAAGUAACUUUACUUCGCACAUCAUGUGUUCAGGAUUUGUGUGUAUAUAUAAAAACUUUAAGCAUGGUGGUAGGACUAAUUUUUAUCAGUCUAAAUAGCUGUAUAAAAUGCUUCUAAUCUUUAAUAGCUUAUCAUGGGAGGGAGGGAUAGCUCAGUGUUUGAGCAUUGGCCUGCUACACCCAGGGUUGUGAGCCCUUGAGGGGGCCAUUUAGGGAUCUGGGGCAAAAAUUGGGGAUUGGUCCUGCUUUGAGCAGGGGGUUGGACUAGAUGACCUCCUGAGGUCCCUUCCAACCCUGAGAUUCGAUGAUUCUAUGAUCAUUUUGACUUGAUAGUUAAAUGUGGCUAGGAAAAAUCCUAGGUUUCUGCACUCAUUAAACUUUGUAAGAAUUUAAUGAAUGCCAGAAACGAAGCCUGAUUUUUCUCAAAGGUAACUGAACAGCUGCAAAUUCCAUUAACAUCAGUUGAACUUGGUGGUGUUGAGCUCUUACAAAACUUAAGCCCAUAGUGUUUCCUAGUUUACAAUGCAAAAAUAGGUAUACUUGAAUUUGUUUCUAAACCAGGAUUCCUGAAAAAGCUUUCAUAAUUGUGUAAAAAUGUACAGUUUUAGAGGACAGUUGAAUGAAGGUGGGGAAAGGAAAAAGGAAAAGCCAAUUAUAUUUGGUAUGUCCUUAAAAGAACUUUUUACACCUUAUUUCCUAAUAUUUUAAAUAUUAAUAGGUGCACUUUGAUAUCUGUACAACGGUUUUGCAUACUUCUACAGCUGUAAAACAAUAACCAUGUAAUGUUAGUGAUUUAAAAAAAAAAUCAGAUUUCACCAAUGUAUUUUUAAAUGGCAGCAAUUUAAUCCUUGUAUUACCACAUCUUACUCUUGGUUACUUAAGCACACGGAAGAUGCUGUAGAUAACUGCUACUAACCUUUAAAGAAUUUCAUCAGGUGCCUUUUGUGUUUUAGGAGGAGUACUUUCUCCAGCACAUUCAGAUGUAAAGUGAUUUAUGACUAAUAGCCAGUUCUCAAUUUUAAAUUGUGGUAGAUACAAAUUUGCAGCAUCUGCUAGAUAUCGGGGAUAUGAUCAACUUAUCAGUUGUGUGGUACAACUGCCAUUGAAAUGAAUGGGAGUAAUGCAGUCACAUCUGAUGGACUGUUCAGGCCCUAGAUUAUAGGUUUUUGCUAAGGCUUAUUUUACAAUAUUCUUUUUCAGAAUAGCUUUUAGAUAUCAAACUUGAGUUCUGACAAAUGUUUAAGAUAUAUACUUUUCAUUAUUCCUGAAGUUAAGAUAUUUGUGUAUAAAUAGCUCUUUUCAAGACUGUCUUCUUGCUGAUUCAGUCAGGAAUGUUGUAACCCAAUUGACAUCAUGAUUUUAUUUAAUUUUAAAAAUCCUUUAUACAAAUAUCUCUAACCAAUAGGGAUGGAAGGAAAAUACUAUUGUGAGUUUUUUAUACAAAUAUCUCUGUAGCCAGUAGGGAUGGAAGGAAAAUACGAUGUUUAAAAAUUAAAUGGAAUUUAAAAUGUAUUGAGUGUUGACAGAAGUGUCACUCUCUCAAUUUAAAGGAAGGUAUGUCAUAGGAUCACUUCCAAAAACUUCCUGCCCUGCACCUUCUCCCAGAUACGAGAGAAAUAUAGCAAGUAGAGACUGUAAGAGGGCAGUAAAAUCACAUUUCUUUCUGGAACCCCUCACUCCCCCAUUCAGUAGCAACCCCCUCUACUGGCCCAGUGCAGCCUACUUGUUUUAGCUAGAAUUUUUCUUAUUCCUACUGUAACUGCCAGCAGAGCAGCUCCACUAGUGUGAGCAUCUUUUGGGACAGCUGCUGGCAUUCUCAGUACAGUGGCAUGUAGUUCAUCUGAUCAGAGUUAAAUGACACAGUUGAAAAUGAGGGCUGGUUUACAUUAGUCUUACAAUCAGUUGGGCUGCAACUAUAGGAAUUUAGGUGAAAUUACUGUAGACACAGCUUUAUAGACAAGAGUGACAAUACUGAUGGGAACAGUGGGAGUAUUGUGCAAAGGGAGUUUCAGAAACGCUUCAGUUGGUACCAGUAACAUUCCAUAAGGGACUAAAAGGGCUAAGAUUCACACAGCUUUACUAAAAGUUUCAGUGACAUACCAGAUGACAUCCACCCUCUCCCAAAUGAGUAUAGUACCACUGAUGUCAGUGUCAUGCUACCAAAUAGAACUGAGGUUACUGGUCCCAAUUUUAUAAAGGGGGUAAAGUCUCUUUCCUUACAUACUUGGGCAACAGUUUUUGUUAGAGACUUGUUCUGCCAUUCUGUUCUACUUAGGUUCUUAUACCAUUCCUAUUGCCAUGGUAUCUGAGCACCAUCGGCUGGGCUUUGUGUCCUUUGCUGACCAUUAGACUUAAAUCAUGCAGCAGGGGCCUUUUGAUUUCCUUUUGACCACCUUCCUAAAUCCUUUCUUUCUCUCGGUUAUCCUAGUCUAGCUAACAUAGUAGCCUUUAUUUUGAUAAAUUCAGUUGAUCUAAUACCAGGCCCAAACUUUCAGUAUGCUGCAUAUUUUUGUAUUGAAACCUUGUAACUGUUGUGGCAUGUUAAGGCUGGUUGUCCAAACAAAAGGGUAGGAGGGGAUGUUCAUGCCUUGUGACACUUGGGAAGACACAGGAAUCAGUUGAGGCUUUCGUAGUUGGAGGAAGUGCAUCUUUCCCUGUCCCUUCUUUGGAUGGGCAGAGGUGACUUUAAACUUGGAAAGACUGAUAUUUGAAUUCCUCAUUUCCCCAUCUCAUUACUCUAAUAUUUGCUACUGUAACCCACCAAUAAUUGCUAACAUUAGCUUUCAUUUUCUGAUAACAUGAUAGUUGUAAAGGUGUUCUCAUUAGGCAUCAUUAACAUUCCUUGUAGAGGAAUGGGGCAAUUCUCACUUUUCAAAUUUGAAGUUUCAGGUGGUCUCCCUACGCACACAUAAUUACUCCAUCAGUUCACAUCCUCUUCACAUUUUAAGGUCUUUGCAAUUUUAAGGGCUAGAGACUUUUUUAAAUUAAAGCUUAGACUCUGAAACACACUUGCACAGCCAUAUGCAUGACACAUAGUCUGUUACACAUGGUACCAUUAAGGUUGGUUUCUCUGUGGCUUACUUGACUUGCCAAGCUCAGUAACUUCACAGAUCAUUUUUGCAGCAUUUCUUCUGUAAUUCAGGUAUCUCUACAGACGUUUAGACACAUUGGUUUGAAAAUCUCAACCAUAAAAGGAUUUAGCCAGACAUUUAUAUUAUAAUAAAGUGGUCUUGUGGCCCAAUAAUUAUUCCAUUGAAGAUACAAAAUGUAGUGGGGGUACACUUUCUUUUUUUGCCUCUCUCUCAUCCCAUUCUCAGUGUUUUGCUACUCACUCCUCUUUCUUAGUAUGGCUCAAUCACUUUUCUACCAUAUUUGCUUCCUCUUAUUUAAAUACUUUAAUAACAUAUUGCACUUGCAACAGAACUUGAUUAGCACUACACCACUGAAUGAGCAUUUUGUGUUUAGCACUUCAGUAAGAAGGUACUUUAGCUGUGUUCAUAGUCUCACUCAACGCAGAGUGAUGUGGGGUUUGCUCAUCUGAGGCCUGGGCUAUGUUAUACAGUUAAGUCGACCUAAGGCAGCUUACAUCAACCUAAUUAUGUCAGUGUACACGCUACAGCCCUGUUCUGCCGAUGUAAGUGCCCUACUACACUGACAUAGUAAUACCACCUCCAUGAGAGGCAUAGCACUUAUGUCCGUGUAGUUAGGGCAACACAAUCCCUGUGUAGACACUGGAUUACUUACAUGUGCUGUUGGCUGUCUUGUCAAUUUCAUGGCUCCAUGCUGGGCCGUGAAAUUGACAAGAAAGCCUGGCUCUUGCCUGGGCCUCCCUGCUCCCCACUCAGGGAGCGAAGAAGCCUGGCCCCGGCUCUCAGUCGUGAGCGGAUAGGCGAAAAGCUGGGCAGCUGCUCCCUGCUCCCAGCUGAGAGCCCGGGGGCAGCUAGGCUCCCUGGCUCAGCUCCCCACACUGCCCCUCUUCAGUUGGUGGAAGUGCUCCAAGUGAAGGUGCGCACCACUGACAGAAGGAGGGUAGUGUGGACAUCAGCCACCAUGGUAAUUUUUCUAUGUUAAGUCAACUUACAGACUUUGGUCAACUUAAGUCUGUAGUGCAGAUGUGCCCUGAGUAACUCAUUGUGCUGUGCUGCUGAACAGAAGCCGAUUGUCUGCAUUCCUGGUUUUCCAAUGUUUGAGUUCUGGAAAUUAAAUUAUCCUGGAAGGGGAUGAGAAUUACAGGAUGGGGAUGCUGGCAACCUUAGCCCCAUGUUAAUUAAGGUAUUUGCAUGCUGUUCUAUCUAAUUUGAAUUGUUUCAGACUGUUUCCUGUCAGACUGUUUUUCAAUCUAACAGCUUUCACUACCUAGUCAUUCCUGACAGCCUAUGCUUCUCUGUUAAAUUAAUCUUUUUUUAAUCAUGACUCAGUGGUAAAUUUCUCACUCCUUGAGUUUACACUCUUCAAAAGUGUAGGCUCGUUGUCCUGUUAGUCAUUGUUUAACCAAACUAUACCUAUUUAUUGGCUGUCCUGUUACCAUGCUAGAUAAACUGUGUCAACCAAUUAUCUGAAAUAUUGUGCAGUCUUUCAAACAUUGGUGGCAGAGUAUCUUGAGGAUUUGGUUUGAGUAAUGUUGAACAUGAUCUGUACAGUUCUAGCUAUUACAUUUUUAUUUAACAUUUUUUGAGAAAUCUAAGUCCACUUCUGAGGAAACUAGCACUUUAUUCUAUCAAUAUGCAAAUUAAAAUCUAUAAACAGAAUAACUCAAAUAUGGUAUAAAGAAGAAGAAAGCAUUUUCAGGGAACUCUGGACUUGUCUGCCAUCUACAGUAUUUGUAAUGUUAGUUACUUAAAAUCACAAUUUAUGCAAGAUUUGAAAACCAGAUGAAACAAGAUUAGCCAGAGAAGCAACAUACAUUUUGGAAAAUGUUUGAACUUUGUAUUAAUGUUUAAUGGAUUCAUCUUGGUCACAUGUACAAACACUAAUAGAAGUCUAAAGAGUGAACUGUUGAUAAGCGUCUUUGAAAAACUUAAUGCAAACCAUGAAAGCAAAGCAAUUACCAGUGUAGACUAUUUUAUUUGUUACUUCCCUGCCUAUCAGAUGACCGGAUAUCUUGAACACCUCUCAAACAUAAAUGAACUUAAGUUGAUAAGCACUAUAGGAAAAACUGAAAAAUUUGGUUUACAGAAUGACAAGGUAAAUGUUAAAGUAUUUAGCAGUGAUUUCAUGACUAGAUGCAUUUUAUAUUUUUUUAUUUUGAUUUUAUCAGUUGGGACUUCAGUAUUUUUUGAAAAUAUUUUUUCUGUAAAGGAUGCAUGUUUGUGAAGGGACUAUUGUAACAUUUUCAAGAACUUGCAUUCUGCAAUGCUACAAGAACCCCCAAUUUAGUCUGCACUGAGACUAAAGAUAUAGUAGCUUUAAAAAUAAUGAAAUAAAAGCUUUAACUUUUUUUAUUGUUAUAUUAAAUUACUGUCAACUUGUUUACAUAUUUGUAUUGUAGAGCGCUUUUUAAACACUAAUCCACUUCUCUUGAAAUUCUUUUGUAAAUUCUACUUUCUGAGCAGGAUGCAAUGCGUAUGUUACCGUAAGUAUGACUUUUAAAAACAAUGUAAAAUAAACUGCAGACUUACUAGAAA